UGCGCUUCGCGAGGGCCGGGCUGGCAACGGCUGCGCGUUGGGAAGGAGAGGAAUUCGUGGUUUCCCGGGACUUUCCCCGGCUUCGGUGGGGAGGAGGCGUGCCCAUCCGUCCUCUGGUCCCCGAGCAGACCCUGGGAGCCGCCGGCCGGCCGGGGGUGAGGGAAGACGCUCCCCGAAGAAAGCGCCGCGUCUGCGCGCUCUCCGGCGAGCCCGCCGCGGCGUGGGGCUCUCGCAGGCCCUCUGCUGCCGACAUGUCCAGUUUCGAGGACGCCGACACGGAAGAGACCCUGACUUGCCUCCGGGUCACCGCUUACCAUCCGGGCCAGAUGCAGACCGGGGUAUUCCAAUCAAUAAGGUUUCAUAACCGAGAGAAACGGCCCUCCUGCGAAGUGCUGAAAUUUGGCCGGAAUUCCAACGUCUGUCAUUAUAUUUUUCAGGACAAACAGGUUUCCCGAGUUCAGUUUUCCCUGCAACUGUUUAAAAAGUUUGAUAGCUCAGUUCUCUCUUUUGAAAUUAAAAACAUGAGCAAGAAGACCAGUCUGAUUGUGGACAACAAGGAGCUGGGCUACCUAAAUAAAAUAGACCUGCCGUACAAGUGCAUGGUCAGGUUUGGCGACUACCAGUUCCUGAUAGAGAAGGAGGAGGGAGAGUCCCUGGAGUUCUUUGAGGUUCUGUUCAUGAUGUCUCCAAGAUCGCUCUUGCAAGAAAACAACUGGCCAGCACAGACGCCCAUUCCCGAGUAUUCCAGCAUUUCAUCCUGUUCCACCGGAAGCACGUCUCCUAUAGAAACUGAUGAAAAUGAACCAUGAGCUCGGACAGCGAGAGGAGAAUUGCUGAUGGGGAGCUGUGCAGACACUCCCCUGGCUGUGUGUGUUAGUGUGAUGCAUUCCUGUCAUGUUAUGCUAUCAGAUUUGUGGUCUAGUGCUACCAUUCUGAAGUCUGUUGUUUGUGUUAGACAUGGGGUUGGUCACCUGCUGCAUGCCUGCAUGUGCCAAGGAUAAUCUUAAGUGUACAUCUGUUGAAGGUUAAUGUACAGAAAGUAUUCUUUGUGAUGAAGAGAGUGUUCUCAAAUAAAGUUACGGUGUUUUCUUUUUAUGCUU